AUGUUUUACAAACCACUUUUUCUCCUCUUUUCUCUUCCAGUCAGAGGCUCACCUGCAAAAUCGCCGAGCCUCAGACCAUGGAGUACCUAUGAUCAAAAGGUCAUAUUUCAGCCAGAUAACAGCCACGCCGUCAUCUAUCCAAGACUGGCUGAACUCUCUGAUGGCACUAUUCUUGCAACAUCGGCAUAUUCUGGAGACCACCCACCGCAUUUUCCUAUAUUUGCCAGUGAGAAUGGUGGCGCGACGUGGGAAUGGCGAAGCAAUUUGACAGACCAAGUCAAUGGCUUAGGCUUUGGGUCUCAGCCUGCUUUGGCCGAACUUACUUUUGACCUUGGACACUUCAAAGCUGGAACUGUGCUCGCGAGCGGGAACAGCGCUGGCGCCAAUGGCACAAACAUUGACUUAUACGCCAGCUUCAACAAGGGCAAGACAUGGGAGUUUGUCAGCAAUGUUGCUAGAGGAAGCGCUCCGAGCACGCAGAACGGAAACCCUUGCAUCUGGGAACCUUUUAUCCUCCCAUUUAACAAUACCGUGGGCGUAUUUUAUUCUGACCAGAGAGAUCCCCUGCAUGGGCAGAAGCUUUCUCAUCAAGAGUCGACAGAUCUUGAACAUUGGGGCGAUGUUAUCAACGAUGUCGCCUAUCCUCUUUACACUGAUCGUCCUGGAAUGACCGUCAUUGACUACGUCCCGCCUCUAAAGAAAUGGAUCUUCGUUCACGAAUUCCCAGGUGGUGACUCGUGGUCUGGUGCAGGAUACCCCGUUUACUACAGGCUUUCUGACAGUCCCUUUGACUUCCGAUAUGCCUAUGGCUAUCCCAUUGUUGUCAAUGGCGUGCAGCCCAGCAGCAGUCCAUAUGUUGUGUGGACGCCAGAGGGUGGCAUCAACGGCACCAUCAUCGUGUCUGAUGCCGACCAUCAAAGCGUCUUUACGAAUCGGGCAAACGGUCAACCAGAUCAAUGGGAAGAACACAAUACUCCUCAGCCAAAAGCUUACAGCCGCGCCCUCCACAUUUUUAAAAAGUAUCCCAAUCACUUGAUGAUCCUCGGUGCAGGGCGUGGACCCCCUGGAACAAAUAAGCCACUGUAUGCAAGCGUUGUGGACGUGACGAGUAUGUUGAAAAGCCGUCCAGGAGAUGGAGAUGCCUAG